UAUGUAUUGCCUUCAAAACAACACCAUGAGCACCUUCUCCAAUACGCCCAGUUACCGUGUAAGCGUCCAUAAUUAAAUUUAUUACAAAAUAAAUUUAAACUUUAUAAAAAAUACUAAUAUUGACAGUUUCUCGUAUAUUUAUAUCAACUACGCAGGUUAAUAAAUAAAAACAUUCUAGGUAAAUUAUUCUUGUCUACACCUGACGUCAAUCAAUAAAUCAAUAUUUUAUAUUCCCACUCUUGAUUAUUUUGAAAUUUAAAUUUCCCGCGGUUUAACACAUGGUCAUAACACUUGCGCAAUUGGUAUUUAUCGGUUAUCUCUUUCUAUCUCUCUGACUCUUUUCUACUCUCGUACGCCAUCAUACUGGUGUUUUCCAGUGUUUUUAUUGGAAUUUUGUGCAAAGUGAAAUUAAAUUCAAUGACAACUAAUUCAGAAGGAGUUAUUAUUAUUAGAUAAGAAUUAGAUUGAGGAGUAAAUAAAGAAAUUUUCUGUGUUCAAUAUUUAAUAAUGACUAGUAAAAAAGUACCUACGUUAAGAAUUGAAAAUGAAAUUGACAAAUAUCGUGGCGAAGGUAACUGGAAAAAGGUUAUAGAAUUGGCUGAACACCUCAAAGAUUUAUAUCCAUCAAAUGAAUGUCUCGCAAAUUUCUUGAGUGGAGAAGGAAAGUUGGAAAGUUUUUUGGAAGAAACACCUCCAAUUGAUGCUAACAUAUCUAAAGCCAAAAAUGGUCUGGUGGAAGCAAAAAGAAACUUAAUUUUGGCUGCUAGUGAGAAAGACAAACAGGCUGUAGUUGUUCUAGACGCUCAUUUAUUACUUGGUAAAUUGCACUAUGCAAUGGGACUUUAUGAUGAGUCUUUACAACAUUAUCAACAAGCUGAAUUACAUACAUUAACUGAGAAGCCACUACCUCCACGAAGUUUACGAAUUAUUGCUGAAUCAUAUACAAUUAAAGGCUUAUGUUUAGAGAAACAGUUACCUUCGUUGAAAUCCAAAUAUAAAAUAGCCGAAUGGCACGAACAAAUAAUCAAAUGUUUCGAGACUGCAGGUGAUUUAACUUUAGUUUACUUACAAGAAUUAGAUAAAACUCAUCAGCAACAUCAUCAAAAUGGUGGUUAUUCUCCACAACCAUCAAUUAAUGUUGCUAAAAAUAUCGGUCCUAUUUUGGAAACUGCGUUAUUACGUGGUCCAUUGUUGCUAUUACAAUCUGGUAAUAUUGAAGGAUCUGUAAAUAGAUAUAGAGCUAUUUUAUCAGCUGUGGAAACGACUGCUACGCAAAGCUUACGGUUAACAUUGACCCGACAAUUAGCAGAAAUUUUAUCACGACGUAUCACUAGUUCUUGUUAUAAAUCACCGGCAGUGAUGGAUAUACCAACAACAAGUACCUUGACACGUAAAAUAAAUAGCUUUCCGGUAAAUGGUGUAUCUGAGUCGCCAUGGAAGCCAAAAAAAUAUUUUGGUCCAAAUAUAUUUGUACCGAAGAAUGAAAAUGAAGAAAUAAUUUUAUUGUUAUUGAUUAGUGAAGCAAUGGCAGUACGUGAUGCAGUCUUAAGUCAAUCCCCAGAGUUUAAAGAGGCCAAAUUACGCGCUUAUGAAAAUGCUACGGCAGUUUAUGAUUUAUUGACUGUAAUUACUGUGAGAUGGAGUCAAGUUGAAUUGUUACAUGAAUCAUUUGAACGUGCUAUGAAAUUUUCACAUGAAGAAAAUCACGUUUGGACGCAGUAUGCGUUAUGUUUGAUACAAUUAGGACAUUAUACCCAUGCUUAUUCAGUAUUGGAAAUUGUUACAAGACUGUCAGCAAUUAAAGUCAUGCCAUGUUUAUUAGCUGCAAGACUUUGUUAUGAGCAUUUAGAUAAAGUUAAAGAAGGAAUUGAAUGGAGCCAGAAGGCACUGCAAAGGGAAAUGAACAAUCCACAAGGAUUGAUGUCGAGAUGUCAUCUUUACAUUGGCAUCGGAAAUAGCAUCAUGGCAGGGAAUACUUUUGUUAGACAGGACAAAAUGCAGUAUACUACAUCGGCUCUAGAGUCAUUUCACAAAGCUCAACAGUGUGAUCCAAAUGAUCACUUAGCAGAGUAUUAUUUAGCACAUGAAUACGCAAGUAACCGUCAAUUAAAUGAUGCCAUGACUCACGUUAAAAUAUCUCUAAAUUUACGUGCUGAACACAUUCCCUCAUUACAUUUACUCGCAUUAUUAUUAUCAGCUCAUAAACAGUAUAAUGAUGCAUUGCAUUUGGUUAAUUCAAUACUUGGUGAAUAUCCAGAUAAUUUGAAUUUUCUUCAUAUAAAAGUUCAUUUACAAUUACAUGUUGUUGGUGCUGAAGAUUCAGUCUUAACUAUUAAGAAAAUGAUGAAAAUCUGGCGUGAUUUGUAUGAAAAUCAAAUAAAUGUUGAUUGCAAUGAACAACAGAGUGAAAGACGUAGCGAAACACGAAGUGUUUUUCAACUUUAUACUUCGGAAAUGUCUGAUAAAGAUUCAAGUUCACUACAUGCUCAAUCUCUAGCUGCUUCAAGAAUUGAAAAUGCUUUGUCUGAAGUCGCAUCCUCUAUUAGUUCAUUUACACCUAAACCUGGACCACAACGAGCUUGGGUACUCCAAUUGGAGAUUUGGUUGCUGCUAACAGAAGUGUUUUUGAUGCUGGAUAAACCAGAUGCUGCUGCAUUAUCAUUACAAGAGGCUACAAAUAUUUUUCCUAUGAGUCAUCAUAUUAUGUAUACGAAAGGACUCUUACAUGAAUACAAAUCGGAAUAUAAUGAAGCCAAACAAUGUUAUCAAAAUGCCGUUGCAGUCAAUCCUUACCACAUAAAAAGUCUUCAACAUUUGGGACUAAUCUAUCAUUAUCUUGGAUGUCAAAGACUAGCAGAAAAAACAUUACGUGAUGCAGCUAAAAUAGACCCCAAUUCUCAUCAAACUUGGUACAACUUGGGGAAAGUAUUAGAGUCUUUAGGGGAAAUGGAAACUGCUAACGAUUGUAUGGCUACUGCAUUGGAAGUUGAAAAUUCGAAUCCAAUACUACCAAUAUCAUCUAUUCCAGUAACGUUUGAAUGAAAAAAAAAUUUUUUUUUUCUCAAUAAUUGGUUGUAAACAGAUUUUUUUACUUUGAUUUCGUAUAUAUUUUUAAUUGAAGCAAAGGUUUUUUUUAUUGAUUAUUUAAGAACAUUUGCUCUUACGCCGGCGUAAGAGUGAACUUGACAAGCUGCAUGAUGCGAAGCAUUUCUAAGAGAAAUUUUCAAAGUGGUGGAAGAAUAAUAAUUAAUUAUAAAUAAACACAAGUAGUACCUGCUUUAUAAAAUAUGCAGUAUUUAACUUAUGUUAUAUAUAUUGAAAUAAAUUAAACAAAUAACACCUGGGUUAAUCAUGUACAUGUAUACAUAUUAGUUAGCUGGCUAAUCAAUUAUUAUUCAUUAAGUAUUAUAAAAAAUGUUGAUAAUAUUAAAAAAAUAUUUAUGUAUCUAUGUACAAAUGAUUAUAUUGAUUAUUUAGUGGUGUAUGUAUGUAA